AUCCAAAUGUCAGAAACCAUCGCAUCAACCACACCACAAAACCAUUGAGGAGAGAGAAAGUCAACCAAAUUUCACACCUUCCACCUCCCUCUUCCAUGGCCGCAACCCAAACCCAGCCACCUUCACCGCCGCCGUCGACAGCACACUGAACUUCACCACUACAAACUUAAAAAAAAUCUUGGAGAAAUUUGAUUCCGUAAAAAUGGAGUAUUAUUGUCUCGGAGCUUCGAAAUUCGCAACAAUGGCGGUUUCUCCUGCGCUUAAUCACGACAAUUUGAGGAAUAAAAUGGUUAAACAACGCCAGAAUUUCCAGACGUUUUGCUUUUGGAGGCCGAAUUCUUCGAACGUUGUAGUAGAAUGUAGUAGUCGUAGGAGUGGAAGUAGUGUUUUGAGGAGUGCGAAUAGCGACAGUAGUUGCGUAAUUGCGCCAGAGGAUUUUGCGAACGAAGAAGAUUUCAUCAAAGCUGGUGGUUCCGAGCUUCUUUAUGUUCAAAUGCAGCAGAAUAAAGCUAUGGAUUGUUACUCCAAAAUUUCCGAUAAGCUGCGUCAAAUAUCAGAUGCCAAUGAACUGCUGGAUAUGGUGGUUAUUGGUUGUGGUCCAGCUGGUCUAGCUUUGGCUGCAGAAUCGGCUAAACUUGGAUUAAAAGUUGGCCUUGUUGGUCCUGAUCUUCCUUUUACGAAUAACUACGGCGUUUGGGAAGAUGAAUUCAGAGCAUUGGGACUUGGAGGCUGUAUCGAGCACGUUUGGCGUGAUACCAUUGUGUAUAUUGAUGAUGACAAUCCUAUAUAUAUUGGUCGAUCUUAUGGAAAAGUCAGCCGGCAAUUACUUCACAAGGAACUGGUGCACAGGUGUUUGGAGUCAGGUGUCUCUUAUCUGAAUGCGAAAGUGGAAAAUAUUAUGGAAGGACCUGAUGGACAUAGGCUUGUUGCUUGUGAACGUGGUGUCACUAUUCCCUGCAGGCUUGUAACUGUUGCAUCUGGAGCAGCUUCAGGGAAACUUCUGGAGUAUGAAGUGGGUGGUCCAAGGGUUUGUGUACAAACAGCUUAUGGUGUGGAGGUGGAGGUGGAAAACAGUCCUUAUGAUCCCAACGUGAUGGUGUUCAUGGACUACAGAGACUACACUAAACUGAGCGUUCAAUCUCUGGAGGCAAAGUAUCCAACAUUCUUGUAUGCAAUGCCGAUAUCACCAACUAGGAUCUUCUUUGAGGAGACUUGCUUGGCUUCAGUAGAUGCAAUGCCCUUUGACCUGCUCAAGAAAAAGCUUAUGACAAGAUUACAAACUAUGGGUGUUCGUAUCACCAAAAUAUAUGAAGAGGAGUGGUCUUAUAUACCUGUUGGUGGGUCCUUACCAAAUACAGAGCAAAGAAACCUUGCAUUUGGCGCUGCUGCGAGCAUGGUGCAUCCAGCCACAGGUUAUUCAGUCGUGAGAUCACUGUCAGAAGCUCCAAAGUAUGCUUCUGCAAUUGCAAACUUGAUCAAGAAUGACCUGUCAAAAAAUGCAAUAUUGCGUCAGAGGAGUGUGGGGAAUAUCUCAAUGCAAGCCUGGAAUACUCUUUGGCCACAAGAAAGGAAACGUCAGAGAGCAUUCUUCCUGUUUGGACUAUCACUUAUAGUCCAGCUUGAUAUUGAGGGUAUCAGGACAUUCUUCCGCACCUUCUUCCGUGUGCCAAAAUGGAUGUGGGAGGGAUUCCUCGGUUCUAAUCUCUCUUCAGCUGAUCUCAUAUUGUUUGCCUUUUAUAUGUUCUUUAUUGCUCCGAAUGACUUGAGAAUGGGUCUUAUAAGGCAUCUACUAUCUGAUCCUACAGGGGCGACCAUGAUAAGAACGUACAUAACACUGUAAAAGUAAUAUGAAAUGCUCACUCCUUUGUACAUCAUGCAAAAUUGGUACGAAUUGGACUGGACUAUGCAGUCUAACUUGGUGUAAAAAAAACACAAUUAAUAAAUUUUUUGUAGGUGCAGCCUCUAUACUUGAUAUUCUCGAUUCAGAUAUAAUAUUGUCAGUAUUCUUCGUUAAA